CCUAUUGUACCUAUUGUCCUAUGUCAGUGUGUGGUGAAAUUCACCGGCACUUUGAAAGUAAAGCAGUCAACAAAUGAUGGCAAGUGUUAAAAUUAAAAAAGUUCAAUCAUCUCCAUACGAUGAUCAAAAGCCUGGCAGUUCUGGUUUAAGACGGAAAGUUGAAGUAUUUAAACAACCCAAUUACACCGAGAACUUCAUACAGUGUAUCUUCGAUUCAAUCCCAGAAGAACAGAGGGAAGGUUGUGUAAUUAUAGUCGGCGGUGAUGGACGUUACUACAUGAAGGAUGCUAUUCAGAUUAUUGCUAGAAUUGCUGCGGCUAAUGGAGUGGGCUCCUUGGUAGUUGGCCAACAUGGAAUAUUUUCAACGCCAGCAGUGUCUUGUAUUAUCAGAAAAAGAUCAGCUCAAGCUGGAAUUGUCCUGUCAGCAAGUCAUAACCCUGGUGGGAUCAGUGGAGAUUUUGGUAUUAAAUUCAACACUGCAAAUGGAGCUCCAUCUCCAGAAUCGAUAACCGAUCAUAUUUUUGAACUAUCAAAAAAAAUAACGUCAUACAAUAUUUGUGACAAAAUAACAUUGGAUCUCAAAUCUAUUGGCAAACAAGAAUGGAUGAUAGAAAAUGGAAAGAAAUUCUCAGUAGAAGUUGUAGAUUCUGUCUCAGAGUACAUGGAGUUAAUGAAAGAAGUCUUCGAUUUUGUUAAACUAAAACAAUUUUUGACCGGCGAAAGAGCACCACAAAUUAUUCUAAAUGCCAUGCACGGAGUCACUGGACCAUAUAUUAAAAGAAUAUUUGUGGAUGAACUAGGAGCACCGGAGGCGUCAAUGAUUAACAAUGUUCCAAAAGAAGAUUUCGGAGGUCACCAUCCAGAUCCAAAUCUAACAUAUGCCGCAGACUUGGUGGAAAUUCUUAAGAGAGGGGAACAUGAUCUUGGUGCAGCUUUCGACGGAGAUGGAGAUCGUAAUAUGAUUCUGGGUAAAAAUGGUUUUUUCGUCACGCCUUCGGAUUCUUUAGCGGUGAUCGCUUCUCAUAUGUGGUGCAUUCCUCAUUUUGUCAAACACCCGCCCACUGGUGUUGCUCGAAGUAUGCCAACAUCAGCUGCUGUUGACAAGGUUGCCGAGCGUUUAGGAUUGAACUUAUAUGAAGUACCGACGGGCUGGAAGUUUUUUGGCAAUCUGUUGGAUGCAAAUAGAAUCUCACUUUGCGGUGAAGAAAGUUUUGGUACUGGAUCAAACCAUAUCCGAGAGAAAGAUGGUUUAUGGGCAUGUCUAGCUUGGUUGUCUAUACUUGCUGAACGCGGCCUGUCAGUUGAAGAAAUCGUACGUGAACACUGGCAAAAUUAUGGUCGCAAUUUCUAUACCAGAUAUGACUAUGAAACGGUUGAAACAGAGGCGGCAAAUCGAGUGUUUAAAAAAUUGCGUGAUCGAAUUGAUGAUGAUAGUUUAGUUGGUAAAAAGCUCACAGGUGGAGUUAGUGGGAGUGAAAAAACCUAUGAAGUGCGAUGUGUCAACGAUUUCUAUUAUGAAGAUCCAAUAGAUGGCAGUGUUGCUAAACAACAGGGUGUUCGAGUUUGUUUUAUUGACGGAUCAAGAUGUGUUUAUCGUCUCAGUGGAACAGGAAGCACAGGGGCAACAAUACGUAUCUAUAUUGAAAGUUACGAGUCAAAUCCCGAGACGUACUCUUUGGAUGCACAGGUUGUUCUGAGACCGCUUGUUGAUAUAGCCUUGAACAUUUCCAGCAUUCAAGAAUUUACUGGCAGAAAUGCACCAAGUGUGAUAACAUGAUGAUGUAAUUCGUGACAAUGACUUUGUGAUGGCAUUGUCCCUUAUAGUCUAAGCUUCAUGGAAUGCACAAUUAACUCGGGGCGGGUCACUAUUUUAUUGAGCUUCAUAGACCAUAGAUGUAGCUACUACUCGAGUAUAAAAUAAUAAUCAAAUGCACGUUUUUCAUACGCACGUAAAGUCAAGACCCUUGUA